GGAAUCCUAAAUAGUAUUGAUUCAGAAGUAUUAAUGAAUAAAUUGGCCUCCACGACUAAAGAUUUAACCAAAAUACAGCAGCCACUGCAAUCGUCCUUAUCGGCCUUGGGAACACAUCAGUGGUUGCUAUCAAACAUUCUACCAAAUUGGGAAAAGAUAAAUGUAAAUGAUAGCAAAUUGAUAAUUGAUGCACUUAAUGCCACACAAAGCAACGUUUCCUUAGCUCUUAGCUGUAUCCAGGCUCAAUUAUGGAUGCAGUCAGUUGCUGCCUCAAUUAUAAGAGAAGGUGAAGAAGGCACUUUUCCUACUGAAAUUAGGAAAAUAGUCUGGGACAGUGCCACUGACUUUGAAAGAGAUUUCCAAUCCUGGUGGAAUUUAGUGAAUUUUACCUAUGACCCUAACACAAACACAGCCACAGCAUUUGUGUUGACCAUAAGAAAUGCCUCGGUGCAUUUGAUAUUCCCUAUCAUUGCACUAGGAUUAAAUCAUGACGGAGCCACUUUCUAUCCUUCUGAACAUAGAGAAUGGGCCCGUCAAAUUAAUGACAAAUGGCAAACUGUCAAUUUAGAGUCCUGUACUAUCCGAGAACAACUAGGGUUUAUCUGUGAAGGUAAUGCAAUUAUAGCUCAAGAUAUCUGUUUAGACACAGAACAAAAUAUCUGUCAUUUUGACAUUCAUCCUAACGAGACUUCUGAAACAGUCCUUGUACAUACAGGCAAUGGGUGUGCCUGCUUUAGAACCACUUGUGAUACUGUGUUUAUAGAAAGUACAGUAGUAGAUACUAAAAAUCAUUCAAAUUUUUGUGCUUGCAACUUUACUAAAAUUGCAGGAUGUGAUUUUUCUUUUGUAGCUCCAGUUACCUUACAUGAACUUUUAGAAUCCAAUCUCACGUUGAUUCACAAGCUAUUGCCUACUCCCAUUGGGAUGAACCUUACUUUGGUAAAGCAACUAUUACUUCAUCAAGAUCUAAUAGAGAUCCUAGGAAAAAUCAAGGAGAAUGGACAGAAAACUCUGUCCUGAAGACUCCACGACGACACCGUGGAACCUGCUGAUGAAGAUCUUUCGAGGGCAAUCGUCAGUCACGGGGUGGUGUAAGAGCCCGUCUGAAGCCCCUCAUUUUCCAUUCUGCCUUCCGAUUGCCACGAGAAAGAAUCCCUUCCCCCACUGCAGUUCCGGCUUAGAACAGGACACAGCGCAGGUGCAACCACUGAACCGUCACGCUGGCUGUUCCGAACAAGGGCUGGCAAGAACUUGGCAAGGACUUGGCAAGGACUUGGCAAAGACCUGACAUGGACCCAGCUCGGGACAGCCUGAUGCGCGGCCUGCUUCUAAUCUCUGAUCUUAAGCCACUGAAGGCUGGCAGUGAAAUGUCACUGUAGGAUCGUGCUGCACUUGGCUUUUGGCCCCUUCUUAAGAGCUUUGCCUUCAAGGGCAGGAACAUGUUUCCUACUGGGAACUGGAAUUCCAGACCCUUGGAGUGUGUGCCGUGCAGGACCAUAGAGACUGGGAUCAUGGGGACUGGGAUCCUACAGACUGGGGGUGCACAGACUGGAACUAUGUG